AUGCUGCUCUCAAGCCAAAGUUUCUGGCUGGGAACCUCCUCCCCCAAUGUACAUCACUCUCUACUUCCUAGUCACCCCUGCCUCCCGCGGCACCCCAGCACCUAUUUCUUUGAAGGGUGUGCUCCUUCCCUCCUCACGCCUUCUGCUGCCUCUGCUGCUGCUGUUGUCUUCCAUGGUGCUGAAAAAGCCGGUGCGACGACCGCUGCUAGCAGGAGGCACAACACGGGUGGGCGUCGGAAGGGCAAGGGUGGUGGAGGUGGCGAUGGGGGUGGCGGUGGUGGGGGCGGUGGACGUGGAGGUAGUGGGGGCGGUGUAGGUGAUGGUGGCGGUAGUGUGGGUGGGGGGGGUGGUGGCGGCACUGCAGGUGGCGGAGGCGGCUUGCGUGGCGGUCGUGAUGGAGAUGACGGGGGUGGAGAUCAGGGAGCUGCGUCUGGGCGUACAGCUAGUGGAGACGGAGGUUCUGGGGGUGGCCAGCAGCAGCAGUCGUGUCGGCAGGAGACCCUCUCUCCGCAGCAGCUGCGUAAGUGGGUGGUGUGGCGAGGUGGACCCGGCGGAGGAGGUCGCUGCACCUACGUCGGGCGAACAUGUACCCGCGCAGGAGACGCUUGCUGUAGGCAGGGCCACGGAGAUGCACGUUGUUUUUGCCUCCUCGAGGACCCUUUCUGCAAAGACUUUGGUGAGAAGACGGACGUGCCUAACUGGUCAGGGUUGCUCAAGCAAGGCAUAGAUGUAUUUGCUCUGGAUUGGGACUAG